GUCGGCCGGUCGCUGCUCGACUCAGUGUGUGCCGCGUGGUGGUGCGCGGAGGGACGGGGAGGGUGGAGUGCGUGACGACUGGAGACCCCAUCCUUGCAUACUGGCUCUACUGCUGAUAUCAUGACCCCCGAAGCCAUCUCCAAGAACAUUCGCUUUAUCAAGGAGGUGGAGAAGCAGCCAUGCCUUUACGACUACACGCUGGAGCAAUACACCAACAGGGCCUGCGUGGAAGCUGCCUGGCGUGCCGUGGCCGCCGAGUUCAGUAGCACUAUUCCCGCAUGCAAGGAGAAGUGGAGAAACCUUCGCACUGUGUUUGUUCGGAGGUUGAAGCACAACCCACCGAACGGGAGUAGAGCCAACAAGCCCUAUUACCUGAUGCACGCUUUAGAAUUCCUGCUGCCCUUCCUCAGAGGACAAUCAGACAUUAAAUCCACAGAUACGCAGAAGAACCUCGCCUUCCAGGCUGUAAAAUGCAAAAUCGAGGACAAUGAAAUAAAAAUUGAAGAAAAUGAUGAUUUUGAUGUUGAGUAUGAUGAUGAUACUGAUGUAGCUGCUGUUGAUGAUAAUGAAGCUGAAAGAUCGGAAACCAACAGCGAACAUCAUGAAGAAAGUAAUGAGUUUAGAUAUCCAAUCAUCGCUUCUACUACCACUUUAGCUCCUAACACCAUCACUAUUCAUAACGACACUCCAUCGAGUACUGGAAUGACCCACAACAAUAAGAGAAGAGCUUUUAAGACCAGUUUUAAUGAUGGCAGUGAAGUACUCGCCAAGAAUGCAAGAACCAGUACUAAUUACAGCAAUGGUGAUGAUUGUGAUGGUCGUGGUGAUGGUGAUGAGUCUCGCAAGCUGUUCUUACUGAGCUUGUUGGGUGACGUGCGUGCAAUGACGGACGCCCAGAUGAGGAAGUUCAGAAGGUUGGUGUUGGACGCGAUAGACAUUGUUCUGGACGAGACUCCCAAUGAAACGCCGGGACAUACCUGAACGUGCUUCACACACACACACACACACACACACACACACACAAUGAGUGCAUCAUAUCCACGUUGACAUACUCACCUGCCAGCCAGCUAGUCAUCACUGCGCAUGGUGGUGACUCGCCUGCUGCGUGAUGAUGCAUAAAGCGAAUCUUAACAGAAGUGUAGCGCAAUGAAAACUGUUAUUAUGUUCUACUCUGCUUAACCAAAUGAAAGAGAGAAACAAAAAUAAAUGAAUGAAAUUUAA